AUGGCUUUCGCGAGGCAUCAGCCGUGCAUAAUUCUACAGAGAGCUGGCAUUUCCUGCACUGUCUGGUUCGAAGAUGCCUUGGCACACUACGGAGUUCCCACUGAUGUCUUCUCCUUAUAUGUCCUCGUCGCCGACAUAGACCAAGCGAGGCAGGCCUUGGUUCAUAAUGGCUGGACAGACGCAUUGGAGCCACCCGAGACCCUGACUCAUUUUCUCCUCUGCCAUCCUGAAGUUCAACGCCGACGGCUGAACCCCCCAGCUUCCGAUGCAGCAGCACCGCAUUGGAUGGUGAGCACCGUCCUCCUCCCGGCCGACGACUGGUACUUUCCCGCCCAAGAGCUUGCGUGGUCCGCCUCGCAGAAUCACUUCUACCCCUCGCUGCCACCGUUGACCAACAGCCUGAUCUCUAAGCUCCUUGAUGCGCCCCAUGCCAGUCGGCUGCAGAGUACUAUGGCGUUGUAUCUGGUGUACCUCUAUGGCCACGUCAAGCCCCUGAAGGAUCGGGAAUUCACAAAAAAUAUCAUGUAUGAGAAUCGCCGGUUUCAUAGCGAUGCCGUCGCUGGCCUCUCUGUUGGGACAUUGCCAGUGAUAGAGGAGGAGCGCCGGUUCCGGGAUCAGCUGCGGAGCGAGAAGCACUAA